UCCUUAGGUCACGACGGGAGAAAGGGAGAGAGAAGGGCCGACGCCGACUCUCGCGUUAUCUAGCCCAAAACCCUCCUCUCUCUCUCUCUCUCUCUCUCUAUCUAGGGUUUCAUAAAAUCCCUCAUAAAAUGAGCAACAAAGAUCAGCUCGACUUGUCCGAUCUCGGCGCCGCCCUCCCCGCCGCCGCCGCCGCACUUAGUGCAGAGGAUCGUGCUGGUCUUGUUAACGCCCUAAAGAAUAAGCUACAGAAUUUGGCUGGGCAGCACUCCGAUGUUCUCGAGACUCUGCCCCCGAAGAUUCGGAAGCGAGUUGAUGUUCUCAGAGAACUUCAGAGCCAACAUGAUGAGUUGGAGGCGAAGUUUUUUGAGGAGAGAGCAGCCCUUGAAGCUAAAUACCAGAAGCUUUAUGGACCACUAUAUGAUAAGAGGUUUGAAAUUGUAAAUGGCGUUGUAGAAGUUGAAGGAGUUACAAGUGAAGCCACAAUGGACCUCGAGGAUGAUAAGUCUACAGAAACUGAGAAAGGUGUUCCUGAUUUUUGGGUCAAUGCAAUGAAGCAUAACGAAGUAUUAGCUGAGGAGAUCUCAGAGCGCGAUGAAGAGGCCCUCAAAUAUCUUAGAGAUAUCAAAUGGUGUAGGAUUGAUAAUCCCAAGGGCUUUAAGCUUGAGUUCUUCUUUGAUACCAACCCUUUUUUCAAGAACUUGGUUUUGACAAAAACAUAUCACAUGAUUGAUGAUGAUGAACCUAUUUUAGAGAAAGCAAUAGGAACGGAGAUUGAAUGGUAUCCAGGUAAAUGCUUGACUCAGAAGAUCCUGAAGAAGAAGCCGAAGAAGGGGUCCAAGUAUGCAAAACCUAUUACAAAGACUGAAAAAUGUGAAAGUUUCUUCAACUUCUUCAGCCCUCCUGAGGUUCCUGAGGAUGAUGAUGAUAUUGAUGAAGAUACUGCAGAAGAACUUCAGAACCAAAUGGAGCAAGACUAUGACAUUGGUUCAACCAUUCGGGACAAAAUUAUCCCCCAUGCUGUCUCAUGGUUUACGGGGGAGGCAGUUCAGGGGGAUGACCUUGAAGACAUAGAUGACGAUGAUGAUGAAGAUGAUAAUGAUGAUGAAGAAAAUGAGGAUGAGGAAGAUGAAGAUGAAGAUGAGGACGAAGAUGAGGACGCUGACGAAGAUGAAGAUAAGUCCAAAUUACUCACGAAGAAGUCAUCUGGACCAAAGAAGAGUAUGCGAGCACUAGCUAAGGAAGGUCAGCAGGGUGAGCGUCCGCCAGAAUGCAAGCAACAGUAGUAGGGGUAUCAGAUUGCAGACAUCAUCUCCGUCUGGGAACACGGUGGGGUAUGUUGUCCUGAGAUUUUGAGAGUUUUGGGCCUUUGAUUUCUCCCCUUGUCUGUUAAAGUUGUCUGGUUCACUCUCUCAUUUUUUCUUGUGAGGAACAGGUCUAUAUUUUGUUGGGUAUCUUGGGAUUUCGUGGGCUGGGGCUGUUGUGUAUUUUAUUCGGAAACUAGCGGAGCAUGUCUUUGAUUUUGUCUGCAAUGAUUUUAGUUUUUAUGUUUCUUUUUUGUAUACUUUCAUGAGUAAUUAGGAAACAGAAUCGAAUUUAGUUUCAUGGGUUGGGAUUUUUGUUUUUAUUGUUUUCCCGGUUACGACAUAGUUGAUCCAUUCGGUGCAAAUUUUUACUUUUAUUUUGCUAAA